AAAGGUUUUCGUCGAUUUGCAAAAGACUCGUUUCCAAGUCAACAAUUUAGGAAAAAGUACCUUUGAUAGUUAUUUGUUUGUAAAUUAAAAAUAUACUCAGUUGAACAUGAGUUUGAGUCUAGUUGGUGGAAUUAACGUUGAAGAAUAUAUUCGUAAAUGCAAAUGCUGCUUGGAUGAUAAGGAACUUAAAGCCCUGUGGGACGUACAUGAUUACGAUGGUGAACAAGAAAUAUACGGACUUCUUUUGAUAGAAUGUUUCGCUUUACCGUGGCAGCCAUCGGAAGAUGAUGAAUUCAUUUGCAAUUUAUGCGUGUCACGACUCCGAGAGGCUGUAUGUUUUAAACAAGAGAUAUUGUCCACGGAAGAAAUUUUAUCGAAUGAAAUUGUCGUCAAAGAUGAAUAUUCUCCAUCCAAGGAUGACGACACAGUUCAUCGUUUAUCUCAAGACGGAUACGAAUAUAGUUACUUAGAAGAAACUAUAAAUGAUUGUAAUGACCCUGAAGGGGACCCGAUUACGGUCCCCUCCAUCCCCCCAGAGGAUGAAUACGAGCAAGUGGAGUAUCUUGAGACGGAAGACCAAGCCACCCAAGAAAAACCACUCGUCUUACAAUUAAAUCCAGAGGAAUCAAGUCAAGGCUCCUGGACCCCAGAGGUGCCGAGUCCCCAGUCACCCAAACGGAAAUGGCCGAAGAAAAAGAAGAAGAGCGAACGCACGAAGCAGUACAAGCAAUACACCCUGCAGGACCUUCGUCGCGCUGUGGAAGCUGUCCGCAGUGGGGAGAUGACGUGCGCAAGCGCAGCCGUCGCCUACGGAGUGCCCAAGAAAACCCUCACUGUGAAGGUUAACGUCGACGGGGGAGACGGAGAUGAAACCAAAGAAUUGAACAACGAAAAACAUUUCCAAUUAAUAGAGGAGAUAAAGGCAAUCCUGCUUCAUACAACAGCAAUACCAUUCAAAACGAAAACCACCAGAUACUAUUGCUUCUAUUGUUCCACUGAGGGACCGACCUUCGAAGAUCCGGACGAUUUAAGGAAACACACGAGAACGAAACACGCCCACGAACGCACGAAAAUAGAAAUUUACAUGCGGCCUCAAUGGUUGAACGAAAUCAUAAAACUAGACGUCGAUGAGCUCCACUGCAGGAGGUGUUACAUGCUGCUGCCGGACUGGAACCACGUAUUCGUCCACCUCGCAGAAGUCCACGAUUUGGAAUUCGACCACGCCUAUUCCAAGGUCAUACCCUAUGCCCUGGACUCGGAUUUGAAGUGUGUCCUGUGCCGCCAGAAUUUCCACAACUUCGGACACCUCGACAGUCAUAUGAACAACCACUACAGCAAUUACAUAUGCUAUGAAUGUGGUGAUACAUUCCUAUCAGCUACUCGCCUGGACAAACACUUAAAUGUCCACAAGGUGGGCAGCUAUCCCUGUGAUGUGUGUGACAAAGUGUUUACCUUGGACAAGUAUCGAUCCAAGCACGUCAGCCUCGUCCACAACCAAGAGAGUACGAUAAAAUGUUUGUAUUGUCCGGAGAAGUUCGUUGGACUGUUCCAAAGACACGUACAUGUGACGAAACACCAUACGGAAAAAGUGAAAGUGAUGACUUGUGAGUUUUGUGGUAAUUGUUAUACAUGGAAGCCUUACUUCCUGGCUCACAUGAGGAGACGGCACGGUGCCGAGAAGAAACAUCAAUGUAAACAGUGCGAUAAAUCUUUCCUCAUGAAAUAUGAAUUGAAGAAUCAUAUGGUCCGUCAUACUGGUGAGAGGAAUUUCCUGUGCGGUCUGUGUGGUGAGAGCUUUACAAGGAUGAUCAAUUUGAAAAAGCAUUGUCAAAUGCAUAAGGAAUUUAAUACAUCGAUCGAUGAUUAAAGAGUUUUACAGUU